AUGGCUAGAAAUGUGUGUUUGUUGGUGACACUCUUGUUCGUCAGCAAUGCUUUGUCAGAGGACAUAUUUCAACCUACCUUGGUGCUGGAUAUGGCCCAGGUUCUUCUCAACAACUACUGCUUUCCUGAAAAUCUAGUCGGAAUGAAAGAAGCAAUAGAGCAGGCAAUCAGGAAUGGUGAAAUGCUUCACAUAACAGAUCCAAGAACGCUCGCCGCUGUGUUGACAGCCGGUGUUCAGGGUGCUCUGAAUGACCCACGGCUGGCUGUGUCCUACGAACCUGGUGCUCCUGCCCGCUCACAGCCUCCUGUUCUGCCAGCACUACCACCAGAUCAGCUCCUGCAUAUGAUUCAGAGUUCUCUCCAUUAUGAAGUUCUGGAAAAUAAUGUAGGUUACUUGAGGAUCGAUCAUAUUAUUGGGGAAGAUGUCGUGAAGCAGAUUGGUCCUUUGCUUGUUAACAGUGUUUGGAGAAGCGUUAUGCACACAUCAUCUUUGAUUUUGGAUCUUCGCUACAGCACUACAGGACAGGUGUCAGGGAUUCCUUAUGUUAUCUCUUAUUUCUGUGAAGCAGACCCUGCUGUGCAUAUUGACACAAUUUACGACCGCCCAUUAAAUUCCACAAAAGAGAUCUGGACACUGUCUUCAGUUCUGGGUGAAAGGUAUGGAAAAGACAAAGAUGUAAUAAUUUUAACAAGCAAGUAUACUGAAGGUGUGGCUGAAGACAUUGCUUAUAUUUUAAAGCAUCUGAAUAGAGCCAUCACUGUUGGUGAAAGAUCAGCAGGUGGAUCUCUAAAGAUUGAAAAAUUGAAGAUUGGGGAAUCAGAUUUUUACAUUACUGUCCCCAGUGUUAGAUCCAUCAACCCCAUUACAGGGCAAAGCUGGGAAGUAAAUGGUGUGUUCCCUUGCGUAUCAACAAAUGCUGAUGAAGCUCUUGAGAAAGCAAAAUCAAUCUUGGCUGUCAGAAGUGCAGUCCCUACAGUAGUCCAGUCCGUUAGUGGCAUAAUUGAAAGAUACUAUUCAUUUACUAAUAGGGUGCCUAUGCUCCUUAAUCACAUUUCAUUGAUCGAUUAUUCCUCAGUUAUUUCAGAAGAAGACUUAGCUGCUAAACUAAAUUAUGAGCUGCAGUCUAUGUCUGAAGAUCCACGCUUAAUGGUCAAAAUCAUGGCAGAAGCUCCAGUCACUAUAGAAGACACAUCUCCAGCAGACAGAUUACCUGAAGACCCUAGAUUUCUUCAAGCUUUAGUUAACACUGUUUUCAAAGUAAAGAUUUUGCCUGGAAAUAUUGGAUACCUUCGGUUUGAUGAAUUUGCUGAUACUUCUGUGUUGGUCAAAUUAGGCCAACAUAUUGUAGACAAAGUGUGGGAUCCCAUUAAGGACACAGAGAACCUCAUCGUAGAUAUACGCUACAACACUGGUGGUCCAUCUGGUGCUGUCCCUCUUCUCCUGUCUUACUUCCAGGAUCAAACACCGGAAGUUCGUUUUUUCACAAUAUACGACAGAGUGACUAAUUCUACAAAAGAAUUCUACACCAUCCCUAAUAUCCAGGGACAACCCUAUGGAGCAAAGAGAGGAGUGUAUGUGCUUACUAGUCAUCAUACCGCAACUGCAGCUGAGGAGUUUGCUUACCUAAUGCAGUCACUAAAUAGAGCAACAGUAAUUGGAGAAAUAACUUCUGGUACUUUGUUACAUUCCAGAUACUUUCAAAUUGAAGACACCAAUGUGGUCAUCACAGUUCCAGUUAUAAAUUUCAUAGAUAAUAAUGGAGAAUGUUGGUUAGGUGGUGGGGUUGUUCCAGAUGCAAUUGUAUUGGAAGACGAGGCCUUAGAAAAAGCUAAAGAAAUCAUAGCAUUUCACCCUGAGGUCCAUGCCUUGGUAGACGGUACUGGGGAACUAUUGGAAGUCAAUUACGCUAUCCCUGAAGUAGCUACUAAAGUAAGAAAAGUCCUCCAAUCCAAAUGGUCAGAAGGUUUAUAUCGAUCAGUGGUGGAUUAUGAGUCCUUGGCGUCUCAGUUGACUUCAGAUUUGCAGGAGGCAUCAGGGGAUCAUCGUUUACAUGUUUUCUACAGUAACAUUGAGCCAGAGGUAUUAGAAGAACAAGCCUCCAAAAUACCAAGCCCUGAAGAACUUGGAUAUAUUAUAGAAGCAUUGUUCAAGAUUGAAAUCCUGCCUGGUAAUGUUGGCUACCUGAGAUUUGAUAUGAUGGCAGAUGCCGAAAUAAUAAGGGCCAUUGGGCCACAGCUUAUUAAUCUCGUUUGGAACAAACUUGUCAACACUAACGCUUUGAUCAUUGACAUGAGAUACAACACUGGUGGCUAUUCCACAGCAAUCCCAAUAUUUUGCUCUUACUUCUUUGAUGCUGAAACCCCUCGUCACCUAUAUACUGUCUUUGACCGUUCCACAUCCAGCACUGCACAAAUAAGGACAAUACCUGUGGUUUUGGGAGAGAGAUAUGAUUCAAAGAAAGACAUUUACAUUAUCACCAGUCAUAUGACAGGUGCUGCUGCUGAAGCAUUUACUAGGGCAAUGAAAGACCUAAACAGGGCUACUAUUAUUGGGGAACCGACCAUAGGAGGGUCACUGUCAAUAGGCACCUAUAAAAUUGGAGACAGUCAUUUAUACAUAUCUAUUCCCAAUCAAGUAGUGCUCAGUGCAGUUACUGAAAAAGUUUGGAGUGUUUCUGGAGUUGAACCCCAUGUUGCAGUUCAGGCUAAUGAGGGAAUGGUUGUUGCCAAUUAUAUCAUUAACCUUCGCUCAAAAAUCCCCUCCAUUGUGCAAACUGCUGGGAGGCUGGUUACUGAUAAUUAUGCGUUUUCAGAAAUAGGUGAUGGUAUUGCUGCAAAAAUGAUGGCUCUCGUUGAGAAGGGAAACUAUGACAUGAUCAACUCAGAGUUAGAAUUGGCGGAAAAACUCACAGCUGACCUACAAGCAUUAUCUGGGGAUAAGCAUUUAAAGACUGUUUACAUACCUGAAAAUUCAAAAGAUCACAUUCCCGGAGUUGUACCAAUGCAGAUUCCAUCUCCUGAAGUGUUUGAAGACUUGAUCAAAUUUUCUUUCCACACUGAUGUGUUUGAGGACAACAUUGGAUACCUUCGAUUUGACAUGUUUGGGGAAUUUGAACUCAUCACUCAAGUAUCAGAGUUACUGGUGGAGCAUGUGUGGAAGAAGAUUGUCAACACAGAUGCUUUAAUUAUUGAUCUUAGAUUUAACAUUGGAGGACCUACGUCAUCGAUUGCUGCUUUCUGCUCAUAUUUCUUUGAUGAAGAUCAAAAGUUUCUUCUGGAUAAAAUCUACAACAGACCAUCUGAAUCAACUAGUGACUUAUGGACCAUAUCUCAGCUCACUGGUGAAAGAUAUGGUUCAAAGAAAGACUUGGUAAUACUGACUAGUGCAAUGACAGCGGGCGCUGCAGAAGAAUUCGUCUUCAUAAUGAAGAAGCUUGGAAGAGCCCUGAUUGUUGGUGAACUAACUAGUGGUGGAUGUCAUCCUCCUCAAACAUACCACGUGGACGACACCAAUCUCUACCUCACCGUCCCCACCAGCAGAUCAGACAGCUCUCAGGGUGCCUCCUGGGAGGGAGCUGGGGUCGUUCCUCACAUAGAGGUGGCUGCUGACGAGGCUCCAGACAAAGCCAAGGAAAUACUCAACAACCAUUUACAUGCUAGAAAUUGAGUGGUUGUAGUAAGGGCAUUAUGAUCCAUGGGUUUCUAUGCAUGAAGAAAAAUUGGAUUAAUUGACCUUAGUCUGGUUUUGUUGAUUUUCUAUUUGGUGACUAGUUCGUCAAACUGAGAAAAAUGAAUGUAGUGCAGUUUACUUCUAACAAUAUUUAGAAAAACAUUGUAUUUAGUGUAUAAUUAUUCAGUUGUCAGUGUAUUAGAUUAUAUAUAUAAAAUGUGUUGAUAUUUUUGUUGUUAUAAAUUGUAUUACUUCACUUUAUGUCUUUAAAAAGAGAGCAAAACAAGCAGACAAAAUGCAAUCCCCAGCACCUGAGUUGAAGCUUCUCUGAAAUGCGAUAACCCUUCGGAUGCUUGUUGCUGCUCACAGUGGGGGUUGUGAUUGCAUUAUAAAAACUGUAACCGAGUCUGAAAAUGUCAAUACAGAUCAUGAAUUUUAUUAAAUAUUUUU